UGAGGAACAGAAGAUCACAGAACCUUCUGGAUACAAUACUAGCAAAAUAUCUAACUAUACCAUUAAAUCCAAGCCGUGGAUUCCCUAAUUAAACUUCAUCUAAACCACACAUUUUUUUUUAAGUAGAAUAAUAAUUCAUAGGAAAGCCCAACAGCUUAUUAAUGGAAAGCCCGCUUCUGGAGAGUUCUUUUUCUUCUCUCUCCAUACGCCAAUAAUGCUAUGGUUCCGUAUCCAAACGGAACAGUAUUCUUCAUUUUUUUGAAGAAACAUAUGUUUUAAUUUAAUUUAAUUUUACUUUUGUAUUAAAGGGGUUUAUUUAGAUUGGAUUUGUUGGUCCUUGGUACAAUUUAAUUUGUUGACAAGACAAGAAAUAUUGUGAGGUUAAGUUUUUGCUGAUUGAUUAUUGAAGAAAAUCAAGAAUGGCUGGUGAAGAAGAGAAAAACAGUGAUUUUUAUGAAGUUUUGGGGUUGAACAAGGAAUGCACUGAAACAGAGCUUAGGAAUGCUUACAAGAAGCUUGCACUGAAAUGGCAUCCAGAUCGCUGUUCAGCAUCGGGGAACGCAAAGUUUGUGGACGAGGCAAAGAAGAAAUUUCAGUCCAUUCAAGAAGCAUAUUCUGUGCUGUCGGAUGCCAACAAAAGGUUUCUGUACGAUGUAGGAGUUUAUGACUCUGGUGAUGAUGAUGACGAAAAUGGAAUGGGUGAUUUCCUGAAUGAAAUGGCAGCUAUGAUGAGCCAAAAUAAGUCCAAUGAAAAUCAGGGAGAAACAUUUGAGGAAUUGCAGGGUCUGUUUGACGAAAUGUUCCAAAGUGAUAUUGGGAUGUUUUCUUCUUCUUCUUCUUGGCGGACUGGAACUCCUUCAAUGUGUUCUACUUCAUCGUCUACAUCUUUCAGCGACACCUUUUUAACCUUCUCCAACAAGAGAAGUUCAGCUGAAAUGAACUCGGGCAGUACUGUAAAAGACGAUUCUUGCCAAUUCCAAGGAUUUUGUCUAGGGACAGGUGGAACGUCGGGAAAAUGCAACGGAAGAGAAAGGAGUUGGACGAAAAACUCCAAGAAUGGACGGAAGCAAUAGGAGGGACGCUAAAAGGCAAAAGGUUCUAUCAUGAUUCGAUGAUUAUAGAGAAAAAUUUAUUGACUUGCAGCCAGCUUAGUCCUGGAUUGUAAUCCAAGUCUUUUUGUGGCUGUUUUGGUUAAUUUAGGAGAAGAUUUGGUUGGCAAAGUUCUUUUCACAGAUAAUAGGAUCUGAACCAAGUAUAAUAGUUCCACUAAAGAGAUAGAUUUAUGUUAUUACAAUAACUACUUGUACUGA